AUGGGCUACGACACCUUCAAUGGCUUCGCAGGCGACUACAACGCUUCGGACGUCCUGAUCCAGGCUCAGAUUAUGAGUGAACGCGGGCUGGUGGACGCGGGCUAUACGCAGUUCAUCCUCGAUGACUUCAACCUCGAGGCGCAGCGCAACGCUACCGGAUACAUUGUGGCCAAUCAAACGAGGUUUCCCAACGGUAUGCCGGCACUCAGUAAGCAGAUGAACGCGCUGGGCGUCCAGCUGGCAGCUUAUUCGGACUUGGGGUACAAGACCUGCGGUGGUUUCCCUGGAUCUUGGGGCCACGAGCUGCAAGAUUUGGAGACCUGGUACAGUUGGGGCAUGACUUACCUCAAGCUCGACCACUGCUACUUCCCGCAGGACAACAUCACCCAGGAGAACAUCUACGGCACUUACACGCCCAUGGCUAAUGCGAUCGCCGAGUUUGCCGCCCGGACCAACGUCACCUUUAUCUUUUCGCUUUGUGAGUGGGGUCUUGAACAGCCCUGGGUAUGGGGCAAGCAGCUUGGCCAGUCCUGGCGCAUUGACAACGACGUCAAACCAUGGUGGUCCUCCAUUGCUACGGUGAUCACCCAGGCAAGCUACCAGUACUGGGCCACCGACUUCUAUGGCCACAACGACAUGGAUAUCUUGGAGGUCGGGAACACGAACGGCAUUGGCAACCCACCAGGCAAUCUCACAUAUGAAGAGUCGAAGAGCCACUUUACGGCCUGGGCACUGCUCAAAUCGCCCUUGAUCAUCGGCACGGAUCUGACUAAAGUCAGCAACGAGACUUUCACCAUCCUCGGCAACAGAGACUUGAUCAAGAUCAACCAGGACCCAAAUGUCGGAACGAGCAUAACUCCGUUCCGCUGGGGCAACAACUCGUUCAAAGUCGGCAACCCUAACUACCCAGCCGUUUACUGGCCUAAUAACCCGGCCUCGCCCGCGCAGUACUGGAGCGGCAAUUCGAGUUAUGGCGUCGUAAUCAUGAUCCUCAAUACUGCGAAUCAAGCACAAAACAUGUCGUUUGCGCUGGCGGAGAGCUGGUUGCUGAAGGCGGGCAGGCAGUAUGAGGUUUACGACAUGUGGGCGCACCGCACUGUCGGGACCGCAGUUAGGAGCUGGUCGGUGACGCUACCGGCGCACGGGGUCAGUGCCCUGCUUUUGAACGACGCCGGGGCAGAGCCGGCGUGGCUGAACGGCACGUGCGCGAAUCAGUACUUCUGCAGUGCGCCGAACGGGUCGUUGAUUUACCCGAAUGCGUUUAGCUAGAGUUGGUGC